AUGCUUAUCCUGUUAUCUACUCUCAUGGAUACCAAGAAACAUGGUAAAACAGUUGCUGCCUAUAUGACCAAGAUCAAAAGUCUUGUUGAUGAUCUUGCUCUCAUCGGCCAAAAUCUUAGUGAUGUCGAAAUUCUUGCUCGUACCCUCAAUGGAUUAGCCGAUGAUUUCAAAGAACUAACUGCCACAAUCCGUGUAUGUGACACUCCUAUCUCUUUUGAAGACCUCUAUGAAAAACUUCUUGAUGAAGAACUCGUUCACAAUCGUGGUGAACCUAAGGAGGAUGACAUACGCAUCACCGCUCAAUUCACUCAACGACGCCAAAAUUUUCGAGGCCAUGGCGGUAGAGGCAAUCGUGGUGGCUUCCAGUCCUCACACCGUAAUAAUACUAGUUACUCCAACUUCUCCUUGGGACCACCAUCAAACUACAACUCUCAAUUCCCCCAUGCUCGGCCUCCCUCCUCUUAUGGCCGACCACCACAACUUUCCUCAGUUAUGGGUUCUCCCUCACAUUCAUAG